AUGUCCUCCCAGACAGAAACCCACCAGCAAUCAGACUAUGUCGAUGUACGCAUGAACACUGCGAAAGGAAUGACACUUGGCGUACCUGACAUUCGCAUGACUACCGCUAAGGGAUUCUCCGUGGACAACGACAUCAAGAUGGAAACUGCAAAACCUGGUACAACUAUUAAACAGAACGGCCUUCAGAUGUGGGAGAGAGAGCUGUUAGAGAGCUCAGAAGUGAAGCGAAAGGCCACUGUCGCUCAGCUAUACUUUCUGGAUUACUACUUUCAAAUGCUUGGAUAUCUAGCUGCUCGCAAAGAGCGGCGAGCCAAGUUCGACUCUGAUACCGCCGCGCGGAAUCUGACGUCGGCCGAGUACGCGAAAGAAUACAAGUCAUAUUGCGGCCGAGAACGUGUAGUCCUCAGAAAGCGUCGGACGAAACUCAAGGUAGACCAGUUUCAUAUAAUCGCGCAGGUUGGGCAGGGAGGCUAUGGCGAAGUCUAUCUCGCACGAAAACAAGAGACUGGCGAGGUAUGCGCUUUGAAGAAAAUGCGCAAGCGGACUCUCUUCAAGAUGGAUGAGAUUCGACAUGUUCUUGUGGAGCGCGACAUAUUGACCGCUACUAAGACGCCCUGGCUGGUUCGCUUACUAUACGCGUUUCAAGAUCCUUCUCAUGUCUAUCUUGCAAUGGAGUACGUCCCCGGUGGGGACUUCCGUACUCUACUCAACAACUCGGGAGUAUUAAAAGAGGAACAUGCAAAGUUCUACAUCAGCGAAAUGUUUGCCGCGGUGAAUGAACUGCACAAGCUAGGGUACAUUCACCGUGAUCUGAAACCGGAGAACUUUUUGGUGGAUGGUACUGGUCACGUAAAGUUGACUGACUUUGGCCUUGCAACGGGAGCACUGAAUCCUCAGCGAAUUGAGUCACUAAAGGUCAAGUUAGACAAAGUGAAAGAUAUUCAAAUCAUCCAUCGGUCGACGCUUGAGAGACGGUCCAUCUAUCGUUCCAUCCGCAAUCAAGACCCUCGUUACGCAGACUCUAUCGUCGGCUCGCCAGACUACAUGGCUCCAGAGGUCUUACGCGGAAAGCCAUACACAUUCUCCGUCGAUUACUGGUCCCUGGGUUGUAUACUGUUCGAGUUCUUGGCAGGGUUCCCGCCAUUCAGCGGCAGCACUCCCGAGGAAACAUGGACAAACCUGAAGAACUGGACCAAAGUUCUCCGAAGGCCUGAAUACGACAAACCCGAGGAUCUCAUUUUCAACCUCACUGAUACUGCAUGGGAUGCUGUGACGAGACUCAUAGCACAUGCGAGCGUCCGAUACGCUACGCUCUCCCAAGUAUCGGACCACCCCUUCUUCCACGGCGUCAAGUGGGAUAAUCUCCGCGGGGUCAAAGCCCCCUUUGUCCCAGCUCUGGAUUCCGAGCUCGAUACCGGAUAUUAUGACGACUUCACCUCCCCCGAUGAUAUGGCCAAGUACGCCGAGGUGAGAGAGAAGCAAAAGAACGUAGAGCGGGUCAGGGAGAAAGAGGAGCCCUUCUCGCGGGGAGUAUGGGUUGGGUUCACAUUCGGCAAGAAUGGCCCCAACGUGAAGGCAUUCAACGCCAUGGGCGAAGUAGAUGAUCGCGAUGCUCUCGCGACGAUCUUCUGA